UUGUGGUCAACUCCACCAGAUCCGGCUCAAUCGUACUGCUUUCCCCAUUCCCUCCCUGGAUUCUGGUCUUUCUCUUUGCUCUCCGGGGACAUCUAGGUUGCCGUCUUCGUUCGGUUUUCAGUCACCGUGGGGUUUUCGUAUUGCUCGGCGCUGUGACAGCCGGCUCUGCGUUAUCCUUCAAAUUGUCUUGAUCCCUUGAUGCCCAUAAAUCAAUGAGCAAAGGCUGGCCGACGCUCGACACGCUUACGGGAAUAUAAUCCGACAAAAAUGCCAGGAACAGUUGCAGAGGGGCCAACAGUGGCCAUGUCCUUCGCCAAUAAUUUCUGGGGCAAGGAUGACGCCGGAGUUGGGCCAAUGUUGGACCGAAUGCACACCUCUAAAGUAUCUUGCGAUGAGUUAAAAACUUUCUACAACAUUCGAGCUGCCAUUGAAGAUGAGUACGCGCGCAAGCUUCUGGCACUAUGUCGCAAGCCACUAGGGUCAACAGAGAUGGGUUCGCUCCGCACCUCGUUUGAUACGGUUCGUGGGGAAACCGAGGCCAUUGCCAAGGCCCACGCAGCAAUCGCGGGCCAAAUGAAGAGGGAGCUGGAGGAGCCAUUGGUUGCCUUCGCAGGCGGUUCCAAGGAGCGAAGAAAGAUCAUUCAAACAGGUAUUGAACGAUUACUCAAAACUAAAAUCCAACAGACUCAAACAGUAAAUAAGACCAGAGAUCGAUAUGAGCAAGAUUGCUUAAGAAUCAAGGGAUAUCUUGCACAAGGGCACAUGGUCAUGGGCCACGAAGAGCGUAAGAACAAAGCAAAGUUGGAGAAGACGCAAAUACAACUUGCAUCCAGCAGCAGCGAGUAUGAAGCAGCUAUCAAAGUCCUCGAGGAGACUACUGUGCGAUGGAAUAAAGAAUGGAAAUCAGCUUGCGAUAAAUUUCAAGAUCUUGAGGAGGAAAGACUGGACUUUACGAAGAGCAGCCUGUGGACGUAUGCAAAUAUUGCAUCGACUGUCUGUGUUAGCGACGAUGCGUCUUGCGAGAAAGUCCGUCUUUCUCUGGAAGAUUGUGAGGUCGAAAAGGAUAUCAUCUUCUUCAUCAAAGAGAAAGGAACUGGGCAGGACAUCCCUGACCCGCCCAGGUUCAUCAACUUCUGUCGAGGCGACAUCAACGAUACGAGCUCGGAAGCAUCUGAAGAAGAAGGGUACUCUGUAGCCCAGUUCCAGCGAACGAUAAAUCCGGCGUAUCGCACUUCAUCACCCCAGCCUUCAUCCUAUGAGGCGCAAAUUGACCCUGAUGCCGAAAUUGCAGCUAAGAUCAACGGUCCUCCGACUCCUACAAGCAGGGAAACCACAGUCACUCCGCAAAAGGCACAACAGCAACCGAUGCAGCACCCCGUACAGAAACAUGUUCAGCAGCCUAUGCAGCAACCGCCGCAGCAACCAAUACAACAGCCUGUGCAUCAGCCGCCAAUGCAGCAGCCAGUGCAGCCGCCGAUGCAGCCAGCCGUGCAGCAAGCUAUUCCCCAACCGAUGUCUCAGCCAAUGCAACCGCCGAUGCAACAACCCGCUCCCUUGGAUCUACGACGCGGGGGACAACUUCCGCCAAACUACGACCCCAAUCAGCAUGGCGAGAUCACAAAGGUGCCACACAAUGCCUACCCAACAGACGGCAUGACCAUGUUUUGCAGGACAGGUCCACCAUCGGAGCGCAGCUCGGGAACAAACAGCGCUUAUCGCCCAUCAAGCCGUGAUUCCCAAAGCGAGGUCUCCAACCCAACGUCGAUGUCCAGUCAAGAGCCGUCAAGCGCCAGACAAUCUCCUACGAAGCCCACGAAUGGCGUCGCUCUUCCAGGUCUUGGGGGAGACAAACAAGUUCAGAAGAAGAGGAGCGCAUUCUUCAGCAACAGUCCCUUCCGACGCAAGAGUCGCCAUGAUAAAGACCGCCACUCUGGGCCAUCCCAGGCACCUUCUCGUGGCACCUGGGAGUCCCCGUCAAAGCAAAUUAGCCCGACCAAAGCUUCCCACUCCCAGCAACCUAUCGCUAUGCCCGACCCGAACCGAGUAUCUGGAAGCCUGGAGCCCGUGGAUCCUAGGGCAAACUUUCAACUUAAUGUUGGAAACAAUGUCUUCGACGUGGAGUCCCCAGACAAGGAUAAGAAAGCAUCCCAGCCCCAGGCUGCCAAAAGUGAAGAGGAGCUAGACCCUAUCGCGCGAGCCCUCGCAGAUCUCAAAGUGGCAGGGAAACAAUCGACCACCCGCGUAUCUGCCGACAGAUACCACGGCAUUUCUACUCCAGUGCCAUCGGUAGCUCCUAUUCCCGGAUCUGUGGCCACUCCACCACCGUCUUAUAAUGACUCGUCCCUCAAGCGCCUGGACGCUCCACAACCCGCUUUCACAUCGGCACAGAUGCAAAAGACAACUCAAAGAUACACCGGCCAGGGCCAGAGCGUGCAUCGGGGCUCGAGCAAACCUCCCUCGUUGUCAAGUCGACACAGUGGACAGUCCCAGGAGGUUCCUCGCGCUCGGUCGCCUGCUACAAGGCGAAGUGCAAGCCCCAAUGUCAGCCCUCGGGUGGACACGCGCAUGGGCCAGUACAGCAGAGCGGCAAGCCCCAGUCCAUCCUCGUAUCAGUCAAAUAGCAUGAAGGGCCGGUAUAGCCAAUCUCCAACCAUGGCGACUCCUCCGCAACGUCCCGUGGAUGCGGCCUCAUCCGCGGAUUACGCCAGGCGAGGGUCUUCGCGUGCCGUGUCUCCUCAGCCUCAAUACCGGCAAUCUCCCACCAUGGCAUCCCGCGCGGUGUCCCCGCAGCCACAGUACAGGCAGGCUCAAAACACGAUGCCCCGUGCUGUAUCGCCUCAGCCACAAUUCAGGCAGCAAGCCCGGCCUUCCAGCGCUGGAGGCAUGGAGCUUCAGCUGUCCGGACCACCCGACAUGUAUGCUGGCAGUCGUGACGGGUACGGCUCUCGGCGCGGCAGCGGUAGACCAAUGUCAUACUAUGAUGACGCCGCGAGUGUUAGGAGCCGGUCCAGGAGCCGGACAGUUGCAGUUGCUGAUCCCAGCCGACAAUUCAGUCGCGACGGUCGACCCAUCCUACAUUUCGCACGAGCCAUGUACAGCUACACCGCCGCCAUCCCCGAAGAGCUCGGCUUCAGCAAAGGCGACGUCUUAUCCGUGAUCCGCCUCCAAGACGACGGCUGGUGGGAAGCUGAAAUCACCACUGCCCGGGGUCGACCCGGUCUGGUACCAAGCAACUAUCUGCAAAUCAUCUAAACGACAACAUCAACAGUCAAUGCCCGUCUCAUGAACCAACCAAAACCACCUACGACCCAAGCAUGUCCUACCUAAUCACGCGUUCAUGAUCAUGAUACCAAAUUGUGUUCAUUUCCUUUCCCCGUCAUCCAAUCCCUCUCUAAUCUUCUGUGGCCACCACAACCCCCCUCCCCUUCCCUUCACCGGACAUUCUUUGCCCUUUCCCCCGUCCUUCACCUAGUCAAACUUGGUUUUUACCCUGGUGGUCCCCUACACCGUCUGUUGGUUCCAGUUCGGUCGUUACCGAGAAUUCGCGAUACCUGGCGUCUAUCUGAUUGUCUAAUACGUUGAUGUCUUUCUUUGGAGAUACUGGAUCUUUGUUUUGUUUCUGAUGUCCCCGGCUGUUCUUUAUCUCUUGCUUUUUAGCUACAUUGCGGUAUCUGAAUAAUGAGUUCUGGAGUAUGGUUGCAUUUAGCUCCUGC